ACUGUCAACAACAUCCUAUCCUGGAGGGACGCUCUCCAUAGCUAAGGGUGGGAAUCCGUGUGAAAUCGCAUCAUUAAAACUUCCUGCAAAGGCACAAACCCCAGAAGGGGAAAAUGAAGAUGGGACAUUUUGAAAUGGUCACCACGCUGCUGGCAGCCACGGUUCUAAUGGACAUCUUCCAGGUGAAGGCAGAAGUGUUAGACAUGGCAGAGAAUGCGUUCGAUGACGAAUACCUGAAGUGCUACAAUAGAAUGGAAAUAAAGUAUAUCCCACAGAUGCACAGGGAGGAGUGGGCCAACGAUGCGCUCCUGCGGACUGUGUGGGACAAUGCAGGGAUCCAGUGGGAAGCACGGAAGGCUAAGAUCUCCCUCCCCGAGAACUUCAAGGAUGCCUAUGGGAUAGCUCUGAUGGCUUACGUGACUGAGGCUCAGGAGCAGACUCCCUUUUACCACACAUUCAACAGUGCUGUGAAGAUGGCUGGGCUGUCCCGAAGGCGGUACAUCUAUAACUUUCCGUUCAAGGCUUUUCAUUUUUACCUGGUAAGAGCCCUGCAGCUGCUGAGACGACCUUGCAAGGAGAAUUACAAAAACGUGGUGUACAGCAGGAUCCCAGACAUUUCAUUCACAUUCGGAGAGCAAAACCAAGCCAGGCUGGGCAACUUCACUUUGGCGUAUUCAUCCAAACCCGAGACAACUACCGAACGGGUGCUAACCAUCCAGACCUGCUUUGGAGUUGCCGUGGGAAAGUUUCUUAAUAAAGAAAACAAAGAAGUUGUUUUAAUACCUCUGAGUGAGGUUUUUCAAGUGACGAGGGAAGGGACUGGCGACGACCUUAUCCUUCAAAGUAUAAACAGCACCUGCAGCUACUAUGAGUGUGCAUUCCUCGGGGGUCUAAAAACUGAAAAUUGUAUCGCGAACCCAGAAUAUAUUGACCCUAGGUAUCUCUACAACCCCGAUCUGGACAGUCAGAAGCUUGAAGACUCUGGUAGGAUAAGCCUUGACACUGCCAAAACGCCAGAAAUUAAAGAGCUACAAACAGAAGAAAAUCCUUUCCUGCCAGAUGAAAAGCCUGCUCCGGGUCCAGUUCCAGUUCCAGUUCCAGGUCCAGUUCCAGGUCCAAAAUCCCAUCCUUCUGCAUCCUCUGGCAAUACACUUCUUCCGCCAGUCACGGCAUCCACCAUUUUACUCAUCGCUUCUGCUGUAAACUUCAUCGAGCUAUAGCUUAAAUGCUAUCUUAAUCUUUAUCUGAAAGAUGCUAUGAGGAUCCCACAGGAAGUCAAGAGAAAAAAAUGUAGUUUUCCUUGGACAGACUCACUGUAUAAAGGAAGAACUGUAUAUUUGUUCCUUGUUUUACAAUUUAAAAAGCUGGUCCAGGUAGUGUCAUAGGAUUAACAUUUCAUUUCUGUAUUAAUUUUAGGAUUGCAAAAAUCCAAAAGCUGUAUACUUUUGAUUUGAUUCAAUAAAACUUUUAAGUUUACU